AUGGAUGGAUACGAAGAAGCAUUUCAGCAUGCUAGAGAUACCAUUCCCCCAACGUGGGUGAAAGACUUAUUCCCACAAAACCAAACUGUAGGCCCCAAUAUAAGUUAUAUGUAUUCAUCUAUUUUCGUUCUGUUCUCUUCCAUAGCUUUAUACAAAAAAAUACUUUAUUCGAAUUUGAAACAUCGACUGAAAACCUUAUUUUCUAUUCCCGAAAGUAAGAUAAUACAAUGGAAACAAAAAGGAGAACAUAGUGAUGAUGACAUUAGCGAUGAUGACUAUAGUGAUGAAGAUGAAUAUAGUAACGAUGGUGAUAGCGAUAUUGAAUAUAUUGAUGAGGAUAUACUUAAAGACUACGGAUGUGAAACUGGUAAUGUAUCGACUGGAGCGACUUCCCAAGAUUUUUCAAAAAAUAUGUCAACGAAUAAGGAUUCAGUGCGCUUAAACAAAAAAAAAAUCAGAUAUAAUGAAAUUGCUAGAACGAAAAAAAAACCAACGUCUUAUAACCACUUGACAGAAUAUUGGAAAAGAAGACAAUGGAAAAAAUAUUUAAAGAAAGUUGAGGAUGAAUGGCAACUAUUAAAUUUAGGCAUUGAAAAUAUAAUUAAAAAAAUGGUAGAAAAAAGCAAUUCCGAGUUAGAAUUAUGGAAAACCCAACAAACAAACAAAUGGCUUCAUUCAAAUAAUUUAUAUGCACAAUAUUCUUUAUUGUAUAAAAAAAUAUCUCCAAAUCCUGAAACAAGUAAAACCAUACAACAAAUGGGAGAUUUACUAAAGGAAAAAAUAUAUAACCAUUGGAAUAAUUUACAAGCAGAAAACGAACAUAAUAUAAGGGAAUGGAUCAUAGAGCAAUGGAAUGAAUGGAAAAAUGCUAAAAUCAUUUCAUGGCUAAUGUGCGAUUGGAAACGCCAUGAAAAUGAAAAAUGGGUGCAAUGGAAAAAUAAACACAAAUAUCAUAUGAGCUCUGCCCCUAACAAGACCGAAUACAUGAUAUGGCAAAAACGAACUAAUGUUGAAAAAAGGCAAUGGAUUAAUUGGGUCAGAAUAAAAGAAGACCACUAUAUUUAUAAUAUUGAGAUUGUAUGUAACAAAGACAAAAAUAUAUACAAAAAUUCUAUUAUCAAAUGGAUAAAUGAUAUUAUUGAACAAUUUGUUAGCAACCCUCAGUUAAAAAUAUGGCUCGAAUCACAAUCUAAUAAGCCUCGCUCAAGUAAAAAAUCAUUAAAAUCAGAAAGAGUGAGAAAUGUGAACGAGACUAAUAUUGAAAUAAAUGCGUAA